AUGAAUCGGUGGCUAGGGACGAUCUUACAGUACGAUUGCGAAAUCGUGCAUGUGCCAGGCAAGAAGAAUGUAAUCCCCGACGCUCUAUCGAGAUACCCGCAACCAGAAGGUUGGGCUGCGCCUGAGAAAGACGAGGAGGACUUAGAGCCCUUUGUCGAUAGUGUCCUAGACAAGCAUGAAGAAGCGGAUCUUGUAGCGGCGAUUGAAGGUUGUCAGCCCCGGAUCUUAAUCGACGAGUAUAGCAAUGAGUGGGAGGAGAUUGCGAUAUACUUACGGACACUACGAAGGCCGAGUAGCCUGCGAGGAGAAUCGCUUCGGCGAUGGACGAAAGCUGCAGCGAAAUACUUCGUACGAGAG